AUGAGUCUGUACAGAGAUGAAUGGCAAGGUAUUGACGGAAUUUAUAUCAAUGCUGUUAUAUGGCCCUAUGCCUGUACGCUGAGUGGUGUUGCUACGCUAGCGCAGGCAACUCUAGUGCUGCCUGAUGCUCUAGGCUUGGUGCGGGGAUUGAGACGCUUUGGUGCUUUUCGGGGCUAG